AUGCUGGUCAUUCCUUUUAUCUUGGCUGCUGGCAGCCUUCCCACUCUCAUUUCUGGGCUUCCUGUCCCGUCCUUUCCCUCCAGCAAGGUGACUACAGAAGUUUCCACCCAGACCCUUCAGAAGCGAGGCUACACCGUCCUCGGUGGCACCGGUGAAGUUGCGGAUGGAUGGCCGUCCAUGAGCGACUGGUUCUCGACCUUUGAGGAGAUGUUCGAGGCCAACAAGGGUACCAUGAAGAGCUCCUGCGCGCAGUGGAAUGUUGAAAACAACUCUGACGAGGAGCUGGCAAACAUGUCCAACAGCAUCAAGUCUGUCGCAAGCUCCACCGGCGUCGAUGCUCGGUUCAUCCUGGCCAUCGUCCUGCAGGAGAGCAACGGUUGUGUCCGAGCCCCCACGACUAACUACGGGGUUGUCAACCCUGGUCUAAUGCAGAGCCACGAUGGAUCGGGUUCCUGCAACCGCGGCAACCCCCUGACUCCUUGCCCCGCCAGCCAGAUCACCCAGAUGAUCACCGAUGGCACCGCGGGCACUGCAUCCGGUGACGGCCUCAAGCAAUGUCUCGCACAGGCCGGAGGAACAGGCGAUGUGGCCUCGUACUACCGCGCCGCGCGUAUCUACAACUCCGGCUCCAUCGCUUCCUCCCAGAACCUAGGCCAGGGCAUCGCGACUCACUGCUACGCGUCGGAUAUUGCAAACCGUCUCACCGGAUGGACUACCGGACCGAGCGGCUGUGAUCCCAACACUAUUGGCGAGCUGACGUCCGGUGCUUUCUCCGGAGGCGCAGGCUCUCCCACCACCAGCACCACCAGCGCCCCCACUACUACAAGCGCUCCGGCCACCACCACCAUCCAUCCAACGACCGCGACGUUCACCACCGCGUCCACUACUUCCUCUAGCAGCUCUAGCACAACAAGCACGACAGUCUCUACCGCCAAACCCACGGUCCCAGCCACCACUAUCCCGGUAUCGGUCCCGAGUGCGGCCAGCACUCCCACCGUCGCCCCGACUGCAUCGUCCAGCCCAUCCGCGAGCGCCAAGACGUCCUCCUCAGAUGCGCCGAUCUACCCAUAUGCAACACCCUCCUGCCAGGAAUACUACACCAUCCAGACAGGCGACUACUGUUUCAAGGUCGAGACUGAGACCGGCAUCACCGCCGCACAGCUUCUCGAAUGGAACGCCGGGCUGGACGAGGCGUGCACGAAUCUCUGGCUGGGAUACCAGUACUGUGUCAAGGCGUAG